GGCCUUGCUCGGCAGGUGUGUGUGGUGUGUGUGUGUCGGGGGGAGGGCGUCGAUGGCGGCGGAGGCGACGUCGGUGCUCCUGUCCACCUUGGCUGCCCGGCUUUCCCAGUCGGCCACCGCCCGCACCUACGGCAUCUUUUGCAAAGGGCUGACGCGGACCCUCCUCAUCUUCUUCGACUUGGCUUGGAAGCUCCGCAUCAAUUUCCCUUACCUGUACCUCGUGGCUUCGAUGAUGUUCAACGUCAGGCUACAGGUUCAUAUUGAGAUUCAUUAAAUCAUGUCUUACGUUGCAACCAGAAAACAUUCCAGUAUUUACUUUGGAUUUCUACAAUGCAGAGCUUUGAGGACAGGGAAAUGAUGCCUUUCUGUUUUACCUGUAUGGCCCUGGAAGAAGAUUUGGGAUGCCAUUACCUGCAGCAAAGGACUAACCUAAAUCAGCCUCAGGAGAUCCUUCGCCUUCUAAGGGUCCUUUCCUUAGUGAAGAGCUCUCCUAUGGCUAACCGUCAAUUGCAAAAGGAAUCUAUCUCUCUCCAAAUUGGAUGCUGCCCUCUGUUUCAAGCUAUCCCACUGCCUAAUAUUGGUGAAGAAGUCUUACCACAUUGGAGCAAAGUAACAAGAAGAGUCAUCUCAUCCAAGGAAUCGCUUGGUUUACUAGAGAAAGAUCUCUUGGAGAAGGUCUUUAGUCCCUUCAACUGUACUAUAAUAACUGGUUGGUUAGAGCGAGCUCAUGAUUUCAUUAGAGAACCAAACAGGUGGAGAACAUUUUACACACUUUGCCCAUUUUUGACUGUCAGAGCCCCAGCAUAACCAGAAGCAACAACUGUUAGAACUAGAAUUGAGGGUUGAUGAUGAAAUGCACCUUGUGUUACUUAAGAUGUUAAUUUGCAAGGAAUUUCAGUCUUCAGAUCUGAAAUCCAGCCUGGCUGCUACAUUGGGUGGACAUCUAGUGUGGCUUUUUGGUGACCAGCAUCUGUCUGUUUCUCUGGUUUACUUUAACCUCAUGUUUUUACCCAGUAACUUGGAAUAUACAGGAAUACCUUCCAGUAUAAAAUAUCCAAGCAAGCAUUGUCAGAUAUCUCAGUGGUUGCGAGCUAUAUGAACAGUAGCACCUCACAUCUCUGUCAUGUAAUAGUAAAUAUAAAAAAAGCAGAAUUUGGAAAUGGUAAUGAUUAUUCAGCUUAUUGAAUCUGCCUCACUUGUUAUUUUUAACAUUUUUCAGAAGCUGAGUACUGGUGUGGUUUUAUAAUACUCUGGACAACCCAAAUUUAACAGCAUUAGGGAGCUAAAGUGGCCCGUGGGCCAUCAAAUUGAUUCAAUAUAACAUUCAGGAAUCCAUUUUGCUGUCACUUCUGUGCUACUACCAGCAUAUUAUUGAUAGGGUUGAAUUUGAACAGUAUAUGCCUAUGGAUUGUUGCCAUAUGAUGCAAGAGCAAAGAUUUUUCAGCGUUUACUAUGUAUUGCAUUCCUACCAUACAUAUGCGUCGGGAGAAGUUUUUCCACUUAACAUUUUGUAAAGCAUUUCUGAGCUCACCAGAAACAUAUAUGAGGCAGGCUAAAAGUUUUCAAGAAAAUGAAGUGGAAAUCUUACUAAAUUAUAGUUUAUACUUGGUCCAGCAAUCCUCAUUCUUUUGGGUGCAGCAACAUGCUGGUUUUGGAAAUGGGAGAUCAGUCAAACAUACCAAAGGGGUGAUCCAAGUUGAGGAAGGCUGGUUUAGAUGCCACAGCAUUUUCAGCUGGCCUUGCAAAACACCCUCAAGAUAAGGUCUGCAAUGUUUUGAAGGCCUAAUCAAGUAGCCUCCUGUAAAAUGAUAGUUGGCUAUAGCUGUUUGGUAAUUAUAUCUGUAUUGCCAUCUGUAUCUAGGUGUAUAAGGAUAGGCUAAGAUGCCUUUUUAAAGAUACCGUUGUAGGGUUUAAUAAAGAAUUGUUAUGCAUGAGGCAAAUAUUUUAGAGUCAAAAGCCAAAUGCCACGUUUCUAUCAUAUGAAAGGAUGAAUAAAUGUCAUUUUUCAAAUAUACCUUCUGUUGAUGAAGGAAGUAGUUUCUCCUAUAGAAUAUUGAAUUAUAGUCUAAAAUAUAUUUACAGUAGCGUCAGUGUUUUAAAAAAAACUAUGUAGGUAUUUCCAGCUACAGAAAUUCCCAGAAUCUGGAAGUGCAACCUGCAGGACCUAUGAAUUAUAAAACAUUGUCGGUGUACGGUAGUGUUUGCAGCUGUCCUGCUACCUUGGAGCAAGAAUAGUGGAACAUUAUGACUCUUCAAAAAUUCACCACUUUAUUAUGCAGGUAAUGAGGUGGCUUAUGCAAAAGUGUGUGCAAUAAGUUUGCUUAUAAGAAUAACCAAGAACUCUACUGCAAAGCUAAGGGGUUAGCCCUUUUCCCUCAAUAGGUUGCUGUGAAUGUCCAUUUUAAAUGUCAAUGCAAUGAAAUACAUUAGCAGUGAGGUUAGGAUUUCAGAGAACAAUGUUCUUCUUUCAAGCCAAGGAGACUUCAACCUAGUUCUUGAACGAUACAAUUCUUGAAUCAUUUCAAGUUUCCUAUUUCUAAAAUUUUUUCUACAAGCUUACUGGGGUUGCUUGUGUCCUGAUAUUUUCUACAUGUGAUUAAUGUAUGUGCAUAACCUUCUAGUGCAGGACUGUCAAACUCCCAGCCUGCAAGCCAGAUGUGUCACACACUGGCCACGCUCAUGCCCAGUUUAGCGAAGGGGGGGAAGUCCCAUUACAUCACAUGACAAAGCUGUGAUGACAUGAUCCCUGUUGUAGUGUGUUUUAAAAAGGAUGUUGAUGAGAAAGUUACACAGCUCUCUCUUAACCAAGUUCUCUGCUUGCCUUGUGUGGAACACUGGAAGAAUUUAAAUAUUCCAGCAGAACAGAAGGACAUUUGAAUUUUGCAGUCCAUACCAAGAUGCACCACAACGUUGUGUAAUUUGAUAAAAUUAAGAUUUGCAUUCAGCCUGGUUCUCUGCCAUUUGUUUCAUAUUUUCUACGGGCAAAAUUAACAUGCUAACAAGCCAGAAUCCAGGGAUCUUGACUGAUAAUUCAAUCAUGCUGAAAGAAAUGUCUGCAAGAUUAUGGCUAUUCUGAUUUAAAUGUAACUCUUGCCUAUGUAAAAGUUCCCCAAAGUCUGAAAAAGCUAUCUUAUAUACCUGCAUUUCAAGGAUGAAGUUGAAAUUGCCUGAAGAUGAUCCCCAUCCAUCAUUCUGGACUUUGAAUUGGACUGUAUCUUCCUUUUAGUAAAGUCUGCACUUUAUUCUGAAGAGAGGGACUUUUUUCAGAUUUUUUUUUUGCACUAAAGAAUUGUUUCAUCAACAAGCUGAUAGAGACGUUUUAGAAAUACCGGUACUUUGUUAGGAACGGGGUAGGCAGGAGUGUAUACAAAGAAAGCCUUGUUUCUGCAAAAGUCUAAAGUGACUUAACACUCGGACUAUAAAUGACUUUUGUUGCAUCCCUGUGCAAAUAUUAUUGUGUGUUUUGGUAAAGAACGAAUCGAUGUAUUGAGCUAUAAGGCCACUAUACUUAGCCCUUAAAAACAGGGUGGUACAAACAGCAUAACAAAUAUUUUGUCUUGUUCUAGCCUUAUAUAAUAAACAAAAUAUCAUUGGCAGGGAUUAAGAUGGAUUACUGCCCAAGCGUGGAUGUUUAUAUUUUGUGACAUCUCUUUUUAGAAGAGUCGAUAUACCAAAGGUAUUUGGCAUUUGAACUUAAGGUACACAAUCCAUUACAAUGUCCCCUUAAAUGUUUUAAAUGUUUAAAACGUUUAAAUGUUAGUUCUAAAAGGCAUUGGCCAGUCCCUAGCUAUCUUCUGAACACCCACCGAGGUCCUGUUCAACUGCUGGACAAUACUACAGCGAGGUGGUUGAACACAUGCACAUAUGUUCCCAUUUACUGAUAUUCUUUAGCAGUCCUUUUUUUUAAAAAAAAAAAAACACAUUUAAACUAGGAUUGAUGCAAAUGGUUCUCUGCCUUACGAAAGAUUAAAUUCCUUAUUUGUGGCCAAAGGCCAGCACCGUUGCUUUAUGAAAUUGGGCAUUAUCCACAAGGAUGCAUCCUUUCCCACAGCAUUUUCACAAGAGAGCAGCCUUGGGUUGAUUGUGGCUGAUGUUUUCAUGAUAAAAACGCCUUUAUAUAGCCUUACAUUGAAAAUGCACCUGUAUUCAACUUCAUGUAUGUAAUGCCAAGAUUUGCACACUUGGAAUGCUUUGUUUUAUCAAUAGUCUGUUGUAAGGUUUUGCCCAUAUUUACAUGGAUGUAGAAUUCUGAAAAGUUUUCCCCCUCUGACAUUGUAAGAAGAGAAUAAUACUGGAGGGGAGGGGUGUGUGCUUAGGUUGGUGAAACUUCCAAGCCUAAAAUAAUUUAUUUUACAAGAGUAUAAAACUUUAGCCCAUUCUCUUUGUUUAAAAAGAGCAAAGGUUGCAUUUCUAAAUCAUGGUUGUCCAAAUUUUUGGCUUGCCUGGGCCACAUUGAAUGAAGAAUUGUCUUGGGCUGCAUAUAAAAUACAUAAUAUAAUUAAUGUAUAUAAAUCACAUAAUGUCAAAAGUUUGCGAUCCUGUGGGGCCACAUUAUAAGCCUAUGGACCACCAGUUGGACGGGUCUGGACUAAAUAUUUUUGUGAUGGAACUCAAGUGUAAUUUUUUCUACUCCCUCUGGGGGAAGUAAAUCCAGCCAACAUCCUAUUUGCAUUCUUCAUAUCUGGUGUAUUUCCAGGAACCUUAUUAAAACUGCUUGAAGUUCUUCGUCAGCUGUACCAUGUUGAACUGAGUCUAUCGUUUUUAUGCUGAAUGAGCUAGUAUACUAAAAUUAUAUUCAAGCUUGGGGGAAAGAGUUCCCAUACAGAGAAAAUGUGUAUUAAAUUACAAUCUUGAGUUUCCUGGGUUUUAGUCUGUAGACAGUUUCUGAAGUAUUGCAAGAAACAGGUGCAGGUUUUUUGCCUGUUCUCUACCCAAGUUUUCCCAAUCCAUGUCAGUUUGGGUGAAUUUAUGCAACACAUUCCAAUUUGAUACCUUUAGAUGUCCUCAGUGCAUCUGGUUUUGCUCAUCCUACAGAACCAUGAUUUUAAUUACUGGUUAAGAACCUACCAUUGGCUAGACUGGCAAGACUUGUUAAUAAAUCAAGCUGACUUCACAGGUUCACACCCACUGAGUCAUUGCUAAUUUGUGGUUGGGGGCUGUACUUGGUUACAAGCUUUGAAUUGAGGCUGGUUUGAAAUUAUCCUAUCUAGACAUUACCUGUGGCCUGCCACCUGGCUGAACAAACAAGCUGAAACCAUAAACCAUGGUUUAAAAUUACAGUAACAGUGGUUAGGUUUGCAGAUUACAAUUGGUGACCGUGUUCUAAGACAGAUGCAUUAGGGUUAGCCAACACAUUUCUAUCCUUGGCCUUGAGGUUCAGAAGUAUUAGCUUGAUUAAAGAUAUUGAAAGAUACUGCUUACAAGAUAGCUCUUAAGAUUCAAGAUUUUACGUAGUUGUUGACUGGGUUGCAACAUCACGCUGAGUCCAGAUCUUUUAAAUGCUGUUACAGUGUGUGAGUCACAGUGCUUUGUUUCACAUGUAGCACAAUGGCCCAUGGCAAGGCGAUCUUAUUAGGCCUACAAAAGAUUAUCGUCUGAUGACUUUGUGGUAGUCCAAGCUUUGGGAUGCAAUGCUAUGGGGAGUGGGUCAUCUCCAGUGUUGGGAUUCAGCCAGUUUGCACCACUUUGGGAGAACUGGUUGUUAAAUUUCUGAGCAGUUUGGUGAACUGGUUGUUGGAAGAAAUAAU